AUGCCUCGUAGCCCAACAUCAAGUGAAGAUGAAAUGGCACAAAGCUUUUCCGACUACUCUGUUGACUCUGAAUCUGACAGCUCCAAAGAAGAAACUAUUUAUGACACAAUUAGAGCAACUGCAGAAAAGCCAAGCAGCAGAAUGGAAGACAGUCAGAGCAAUACAUUAGUGAUUCGAAUUAUAAUACCUGAUCUGCAGCAGACGAAAUGCAUUCGAUUUAACCCAGAAGCAUCAGUGUGGGUUGCAAAGCAACGAAUUCUGUGCACUUUGAAUCAGAGUUUGAAAGACGUCCUGAAUUAUGGACUGUUCCAGCCUGCAAGCAAUGGUAGAGAUGGGAAGUUUUUGGAUGAGGAGCGGCUUCUUAGGGAAUACCCACAGCCAGUGAAUAAAGGAGUUCCUUCACUAGAGUUUCGAUACAAGAAAAGAGUGUACAAACAGCUCAAUCUUGAUGAAAAACAGCUGGCCAAGCUUCAUACAAAGGCUAAUUUGAGAAAAUUUAUGGAUCAUGUCCACCAUCUCUCAGUGGAAAAAAUCACAAAGAUGUUGGACCGAGGACUGGACCCAAACUAUCAUGACCUAGAAAGUGGAGAAACACCCCUAACUUUGGCAGUUCAGCUUGACAAUACAGUAGAAGUGAUAAAAGCUCUGAAAAAUGGAGGAGCACAUUUGGACUUCAGAGCAAAAGAUGGAAUGACGGCUCUGCACAAAGCAGCCAGAGCCAAGAACCAAAUAACACUCAAGACCCUUUUAGAGCUUGGCGCAUCUCCUAACUACAAGGACAGCUGUGGCCUGACGCCGCUGUACCACACUGCUGUUGUGGGAGGGGAUCCCUACUGCUGUGAACUGUUACUUCAUGAACACGCUACAGUCAGUUGCAAAGAUGAAAAUGGAUGGCAAGAAAUUCAUCAGGCUUGCCGAUACGGGCACGUCCAACAUCUAGAGCACCUCCUCUUCUACGGUGCUGAUAUGUGUGCACAGAAUGCCUCGGGAAACACUGCACUGCACAUCUGUGCCCUCUACAACCAGGAGAGCUGUGCAAGAGUGCUGCUGUUCCGGGGAGCCAACAAGGAAAUUAAGAAUUACAACAGCCAGUCUCCAUUUCAGGUGGCUAUAAUAGCGGGAAAUUUUGAGCUCGCUGAAUAUAUCAAGAAUCACAGGGAAGCUGAUAUUGUGCCCUUUAGAGAGGCUCCCACCUAUUCAAACAGAAGGCGGAGACCCCCGAGCACCUUAGCAGCACCCCGGAUCUUGCUUCGUUCCAAUAGUGACAACAAUCUGAACAUCAACAACCUCCCUGAGUGGUCAGCCUCCUCCUCUGCUUCUUCACACCGCAGCCUUUCACCUCAUCUACUUCAACAGAUGCAGAAUAAUCCUAAUGGAACUGUAAAAACUGUGGGGAGUUACACUCCGUCCUCCCGGAGCCGGUCGCCAUCCCUAAACAGGCUGGGAGAGGAUGCCAAACGGCAGCAGCACAGGCACAUCAGUGCCGUUUACAAUCCUAGUGCCAACAAGGAUACUCUGUCUGCCUUGGAUUAUCAGGGUCCAAAACGCAAGCUUUACAGUGCUGUACCUGGAAGACUUUUUAUUGUUGUAAAGCCAUAUCAACCUCAAGGAGAAGGGGAAAUUCAUCUGCACAAAGGAGAUAGAGUCAAAGUUUUAAGCAUUGGUGAAGGUGGAUUCUGGGAAGGCAGCACCCGGGGACAUAUUGGAUGGUUUCCUGCAGAAUGCGUUGAAGAAGUUCAGUGUAAACCGAAUGAAAGCAAACCAGAAACACGAACAGAUAGAACAAAGAAACUGUUUAGACACUACACAGUUGGAUCCUAUGACAGCUUUGAUGCUUCAAGUGACUGCAUAAUAGAAGAAAAGGCAGUGGUCCUGCAGAAAAAAGACAAUGAAGGAUUUGGAUUUGUGCUCAGAGGGGCAAAAGCUGACACACCAAUUGAAGAAUUCACCCCAACUCCAGCCUUUCCUGCUUUGCAGUACUUGGAAUCUGUGGAUGAAGGGGGAGUAGCAUGGCAAGCUGGCCUGAGAACUGGAGACUUUUUGAUCGAGGUUAAUAAUGAGAAUGUAGUGAAAGUUGGCCACAGGCAGGUGGUGAACAUGAUUCGACAAGGGGGCAAUCACCUAGUUCUUAAGGUUGUCACAGUAACCAGGAAUCUUGAUCCAGACGACACAGCUAGAAAGAAAGCCCCACCACCUCCUAAGCGAGCUCCAACCACUGCACUGACCUUGCGGUCUAAGUCAAUGACCUCAGAGCUUGAAGAGCUUGUGGAUAAAGCUUCAGUACGGAAGAAGAAGGAUAAGGUGGAUGAAAUAGUACCAGUUUCCAAGCCAUCAAGAAUUGCAGACAAUGCAACUGUGGACUCAAGAGUGGCAACUAUUAAACAGCGGCCUUCUAGUAGAUGUUUUCCCUCAGCUACAGAUAUGAAUUCCAUGUAUGAGAGACAGGGUAUUGCUGUGAUGACGCCCACUGUACCAGGGAGUCCUCAAGGUCCUUUUCUGGGUAUACCUCGGGGUACAAUGAGAAGACAAAAAUCUAUAGCAUAUGACUCCAACAUCUUUACCUCAAGAAUUACAGAGGAAGAACGGCAGUUUUUGGCUCCUCCUAUGCUGAAGUUUACCAGAAGUCUUUCAAUGCCUGACACCUCUGAAGAUAUACCACCACCACCACAGUCCUUACCUCCUUCACCACCACCACCUUCUCCCUCUCUGUACAACUCUCCCAAAUCCCCGACGUCAAGGAGCUAUGGAACUAUUAAACCUCCGUUUAAUCAGAAUUCAGGUUCAAAAAUUUCUUUGGUUAGGCCUGAGAAUGUAGGAACAAUGAUAAGGGACAAAGGGAUCUAUUACAGACGAGAGCUGGACCGAUACUCUCUGGACUCUGAAGACCUGUACAGUCGGAGUGCCGCAUCUCAGGCAAAUUUCAGGAACAAGAGGGGUCAGAUGCCAGAAAACCCGUAUUCUGAGGUUGGGAAGAUUGCAAGCAAAGCAGUUUAUGUGCCGGCCAAACCAGCAAGGAGGAAGGGGAUGCUGGUGAAACAAUCCAAUGUUGAAGACAGUCCAGAAAAGACCUGCUCUAUUCCAAUCCCGACGAUUAUUGUGAAAGAGCCAUCCACCAGCAGCAGUGGGAAAAGCAGCCAAGGGAGCAGCAUGGAAAUCGAUCCUCAGUCUUCAGAGCAACCUGGGCAGCUCCGACCCGAUGACAGCUUAGGUGUCAGCAGUCCGUUUGCAGCAGCCAUUGCUGGAGCAGUGAGGGACAGGGAAAAGAGGCUGGAAGCAAGGCGCAAUUCUCCAGCCUUCCUUUCCACAGACCUAGGAGAUGAGGAUGUUGGCCUAACACCACCAACACCACGUAUGAGGCAAUCUAAAUUUACCGAUGAAGCAAUGUUUAGUAGUGAAGAUGGUUUUAGACAGCUUAUGUCGCCAUCUCCAAUUCCCGCACCUAGAGAGCCUGAAAAUCUUUUUAAUAGCAGUGAACCCAGCAAUCAAAGUGAUUCAAGGACAUUAAACGCUUCGGCCAAAACGAAAGGUACUGAAAACAGUACAGUGGCAGCUAAGCCCACGAAUGCAUCCAGCUCAGAUAAUUACGUUCACCCGGUCACAGGAAAGCUAUUAGAUCCAAACUCACCACUAGCCCUCGCUCUCUCUGCCAGGGACAGAGCCAUGAAAGAACAAACACAGCAGAUUCCAGGCAAAGGAGAUGCUGUUAAAGCUGACCUUAAUAAACCACUUUACAUCGAUACAAAGCUGAGACCCAAUAUUGAAACUACUUUUCCUGUUACUGCUACUGUCACUAGGCAAAACACUCGUGGCCCAUUGAGACGGCAGGAGACCGAGAACAAGUACGAAGCGGAUGCAGGGAAAGAAAAGAAAGCUGAGGAGAAGAAAAACAUGUUGAUAAACAUUGUGGAUACUUCGCAGCAAAAGUCAGCUGGCUUGUUAAUGGUUCAUACCGUAGACACAGCAAAGUCAGAGGAUACGCCCGAAGAUGAAGAGGAAAAGAGAGCUGAAGUGGAACCGAACCCUGAGAACUCCCCACCAGAGAGGCCGGAGGGGGGCGAGGAAGCGGAAAGUGAGCUGAACGUGCCUGCUGCGCCGGAGCCACCGGCAUCUCCCUGCAAAACCAUCGUAGCUGCAAGCUCUGUUGACGACCCUGUCAUCUUGCCGUUCCGCAUCCCUCCGCCACCCUUAGCAUCGGUUGAUAUCGAUGAAGAGUUUAUUUUUACUGAGCCACUGCCACCCCCCUUAGAGUUCGCCAACAGCUUUGAUAUCCCUGACGACCGUGCAGCUCCCGGUUCGGCUCUAACAGACUUGGUUAAGCAAAGAAAAAAUGGCACGCCUUCACCCACACCAUUUGCCCCCAGCCAGCCAACAAAUUCCUUAGAGAGUAAAAAGCAAGUGGGUCUUUCAAACUGUUUGCCUGCCUCCUUUCUGCCACCCCCUGACAGCUUUGAUAACGUCACUGACUCUGGGAUUGAGGAGGUAGACAGUCGAAGUAGUAGUGACCAUCACUUAGAGACAACCAGCACUAUCUCAACGGUGUCCAGCAUCUCUACCUUAUCCUCAGAAGGGGGUGAGAACGUGGAUACUUGUACAGUCUAUGCAGAUGGGCAAACAUUUCUGGUGGACAAACCCCCAGUACCUCCUAAGCCAAAAAUGAAGCCCAUAAUCAACAAAAGCAAUGCACUUUACAAGGACGCGCUAAUUGAAGAAACUGUAGACAGCUUUGUUAUUCCUCCUCCCGCUCCGCCCCCACCUCCGAUCAGUGCGCAGCCCAAUAUGGCUAAAGUUGUUCCCCAAAGGACAUCUAAGCUAUGGGGUGACGUGACGGAGGUGAAAAGCCCAAUUCUCUCAGGCCCAAAGGCUAAUGUUAUUAGUGAAUUGAACUCAAUACUCCAGCAAAUGAACAGAGAGAAAUCCUCAAAGCCAGGGGAAGGAUUGGAGUCACCUACUGGAACAAAAACUGCAAGUCUCAGUACAAGGAGCACGGAAGUCAUGAGUACUGUCUCAGGUACACGAAGUACAACAAUCACUUUUACUGUCCGACCUGGAACCAGCCAGCCGAUCACACUGCAGAGCAGGUCCCCAGACUAUGACAGUAGGACCUCAGGAGCAAGACAUGCUCCAAGCCCUGUGGUUUCACCAACAGAGAUUAAUAAAGACAUCAUGCCUGCUCCUCUGACUGCUUCUGCUUCAGCUUCAUCUCCUUCUCCAACUUUGUCCGAUGUAUUUAGCCUACCCAGCCAGCCCCCUUCUGGGGACUUAUUUGGCUUGACCACAGGGCGCAGCAGGUCUCCUUCUCCCUCAAUAUUACAACAGCCAAUCUCAAAUAAGCCUUUUACAACUAAGCCUGUCCACCUGUGGACUAAACCAGAUGUGGCAGAUUGGUUGGAAAGUCUAAACUUAGGUGAACAUAAAGAAACAUUUAUGGACAAUGAAAUAGAUGGCACUCAUUUACCAAAUCUACAAAAGGAAGAUCUGAUAGACCUUGGAGUGACUAGAGUUGGGCACAGAAUGAACAUAGAAAGAGCUUUGAAGCAGCUGCUGGACAGAUAA